AUGGCGGAGCCGUCGUCGCCGCCGCGUUCGCUGAUGGAGGAGCUUAUCGAAGAGAUCCUCCUCCGCCUCCCACCGCAGGAGCCCGCUAGCCUCGUCCGCGCCGCCCUCGUCUGCAAGCCAUGGCGCUGCCUCGUCUCCAACCCCCGCUUCCAGCGCAGAUUCCGCGAGUUCCACCGCACGCCCCCCAUGCUGGGAUUCCUCUGCAACCACCACGGCAACGGCUGCAGCUUCGUGCGCACAACGGCCUCCUCACCGCUGCAUGCCACCAGAUCCCGCUGGUGCCCGCUGGACGCGCGCCACGGCCGUGUCCUCCUACGGGAACCCACACAGAACGUCCUCGUCGUCUGGGACCCCAUCACGGAGGACCGGCAGGAGCUUCCCGUCCCGCCGCGACGGGCGGUAAGCUGCACCGCGGCGGUUCUCUGCGCCGCAGCCGGUGGCGCCGGCGCCGGCGCCUCCGACCACCAUGAUUGCCACCGUGGUGGAUCUUUCCUCGUGGUUUUCGUGGGCACUGAUCCAAGGGACAUGUUCGUCUGCACCUACGACUCGUCGGAUUAUUUUGCCGUGUGGAGCGAGCCAAUCUCCCUUCAGCACCUCAAUGACUGCUACAUCUACUCUGGUUACUCGCCCGCUGUGCUACUCGGGAACGAGCUUUAUUUUGGGAUUCCAAUGACGAACACAGCUUUGCAGUACGAUUUGGAACUGCGUGAGAUUUCGUGGAUUCAGCUUCCAACCAUGCACUACUGUUACCAGCGUUCUGUGCUCACAACAACGGAGGACGGUCUGGGGCUCGUCAGUCUGUUAGACGGCCAACUCUGCAUGUGGUUGAGGAUGGACACUCCUGAAGCUAGUGCUGGAUGGACACAAAUCAAAGCCAUUGAUCUUGGGAUGCGGCUCCAAGUUGACCCUGUCUUUAUUCCAUAUGCUUUUGUGGUUGGUUUCGCAGAUGGUCUCGAUAUCGUUUUCGUGACGGUGAAUGGCGCACUCUACACAGUUGAUCUAAAGACAUAUAUGGUGAAGAAGGUAUACAAUGGCAGAGCAAUCCACUCUGUCUUUCCAUACAUGCGCUUCUACAGUCCAGGUAUAUGA